AUGAUUCUCGCUUCUAUUUUCUGGUUUGCUGCCAGCGUAGCGGCAUUAACGCUUGACGUUGCCUCAUCUGGUGGCAAUCGGUCUAGUUCCCUCUUGUAUGGGUUGUUGUAUGAGGACAUCUACCACUCUGGUGACGGCGGUCUGUAUGGGGAGAUGCUCCGGAACCGAGCCUUUCAAGGAUCCUCGUCCAAUGGAGCUGCCAGCCUGGCGCGAAACACGGAUUAUUGGUAUCCUGUUGGGAACGUCUCACUAACCAUCGACACAUCCUCCCCCAGUCUUUCCUCUAGCUUGCCAUACCAAAUGCGUAUGGACGUAGCUGUUGGAACCACUGGAACCGUGGGGUUUUACAACGAAGGCUUCUGGGGCUUCAAUGUGGAUGCCGCAAAGCGAUACAUUGCUAGUUUCUACAUGAGAGGCAAUUACAAUGGAACCGUCGACUGCUAUUUCCAUAGCAAUACCACAGACCAAGUCCUCGGGUCAUCGAGCAUGAGUAUUGAUCAGACUUCAUCUGAGGGAUGGGUGCAGACCUUCUCCACGACAUUCCAGCCGAGCACGACUGGCUCGGAUGCUAACAACACGUUUUACUUCACGUUUGAUGGGUCAAAGCUCGCUGGUCAGAGUGUUUAUUUCAACAUUCUGAGCUUAUUUAAGCAGACAUUUGAUGACCGUUACAAUGGUGUCCGGGAAGACCUGGCCGAGGCGGUAGAAAACAUGAACGCCAAAUAUAUCCGACUACCUGGCGGAAACAACAUGGAGGGCAACGGUUCCCCUUUUGAAUGGAAAUGGAACGAAACCAUUGGCUCCCUCGUGGAUCGUCCGGGUCGACCAGGUACCUGGGGUGAUAUCAAAACCGACGGAUUUGGUCUCCUAGAAAUGAUGAAGAUGUCGCAAGAUCUAGGGCUUGAGGUCAUUCUAGGCAUCUGGACUGGACUGUAUCUGAACGGUGAGAUCAUUUCUGAGGCCAACUUGCAGCCAUAUGUGGAUUCUGUCAUGAAUGAGUUGGAAUUUCUUCUAGGAGAUAAAUCGACUACCUACGGUGCCCAAAGAGCUGCUUUGGGUUUUCCAUCACCAUUCAGAAUCAAUUGGAUUGAAAUCGGCAAUGAAGACUACCUCAACGGAGGAACGAGCUCAUACUAUUCCUAUCGAUUCAUGGCCUUCUAUAACGCCAUCCACGCUGUUUAUCCGUCCAUCAAUCUCAUGUCAACAAUCAAUCCUAACCCGGUCAAGUCCGACGGCAGUUCGCUGGACCUCCACGUCUACGGCAAUGAAGACUAUUUUGUCUCUCUUUUCAACACGUUUGACCAAGCGAGCCGCAAAUACCCUGUCUUUGUUAACGAGUACGCAGCAACCAACACUGGCUCUAACAAUGUAGGUCAAGUCGGGGCCCAGACUCUGGGCAUGUCCUGUGCGGAGGCUGUCUUUCUCCUCGGCUGCGAAAGAAACUCAGAUGUCAUCGUCGGUUCUGCCUAUGGUGCCUUGAUCAAGAGCUAUAAUGAAGCGCCCGACACAGUGGCUGUGAUAAAGCACACUGCGAAUGAGAUCCUCUACAGCAUUAGCUACUAUGUUCAAAAGCUUUUCGCGGAAAAUAUGGCUACAGAAACUCUACCGGUUACCGCCACGAAUGGAAGCUUCGGCCCUGUAUACUGGUCUGCAACGGCCAACAGUUCUUCCACGAUCCUCAAGCUCGUCAAUUAUGAUGGAAUGACCGGUUCGUCCAACGCUGUGCAGGUCAAUAUCGAGGGAUCGUCCAAGACGACUGCCACUCUGAUCAUUUUGACAGCCCCAAAUUCCACGAGUGUCAACAAUUUGCCGUCUUUGGGAGGCGAAAGCAGUACCAUUACUACCACUACCUUGUCCGGAUCUUCUGGUAGCUUCUUCGUGAGCUUCAGUAAACCUUACGAAAUUGUGAUUUUGGUCGUCUAA